CCAACAACCAAAGAAAGCAUGGAUACGCAGGUGAAGCUCGCAGUGGUGGUCAAGGUGAUGGGCCGCACCGGGUCCAGGGGUCAGGUGACCCAGGUGAGAGUCAAGUUCCUGGACGACCAGAACCGUCUCAUCAUGAGGAACGUCAAGGGGCCUGUCCGGGAGGGCGACAUCCUCACCCUGCUCGAGUCUGAGCGGGAGGCCAGGAGGCUGCGCUAAGCACUUUCUUUCUUCACCUGUCUGUCUUCGGAAGUACUCCUGAAAUUGUGUGCUGUUGCCUUCUUACUCUACUGCUUCCGUCUUUUGCCUUGGCUAUGGAGAUGUAAUGAGUUUCCUUCUGUUGCCGAAAUUAAAAUGCACUUGAUGUUAUUGUUGCACACCUCUCGGUAAUGAGAAUCGACUAUAUUGAAUCCUA